AUGCAUAAUUGGUUUCUGACAAGAGAUUUGAGUAGAUCAAUACUCGAAAGUAAUGGCACCUAUUGGACGGCUCUCUACUAUCAACAAACACCUGAUGCUUUUUGCAGUACCACUUCCUUAAAUUCAGCUGUUGAUCCCGAUCCAAUUUCCAUCUACAAUCCACUUUGGGCAAGCACUCAGGAUUGCAUGGAUAAUUCUGAUGAGGAUCCGAACACAGUCUGCAAGACUCGGGUUGCGUGUCAAGAUAUCCUUCUAGAAGCACCACAAGGAGAAAUCUUUUUGCCAGAUAAUUACCGACCAGGCAGUGAAUGCCGGUGGAAGAUUCAACAGAAGCAAGAUGCACGCAUCAAACUCACUAUGAGUGAGCUGAACAUUAACGAGCACGAUGUGUUAUCGGUCGGUGGAGUAUCGAACAGUUCUGAGCCUGAAUGGGAUCGUUUAUUGCCGUCUUCAGCAAGUAAUUUUCAACAGUGGAUAUCUGACAAUAACACGCUCGUUAUCGCCUUCAAAAGUGCAUCGAACAGUGAUCUUUCUCCACCUAAAGGCUUUCAUUUUCGUUAUUCCGUUCAAGCAGUGCCUAACUGUGUUGAGACAUUAAGAACUUCAAAUGGUACAAUAGUUAUCCCGAAAACUGAUUCAAAUGAUAAAUUCUACGCACCAAAUUUGAAUUGCCAUUGGACAAUUAUCAGUGAACAUAACAAUCUGAUAUCAAUACAGAUUCCAUACUUUUCAUUGGCAAAUAACGAUAGCCUCAAAAUCUUUGAUGGUAACCUAGAAGAACGCAAUUUAUUAGGUGUAUUCGUGAACAAAAAUCCUCCACCAAUGUCAACCGUUUCAUCUUCAUCGCAACUGCAUUUUCUUUUCACUUCACAACCACACAGCGUUGGAUCGCGCGGUUUCGAGAUUCAUUUCAGACAAGGCUGUUUGAAUGAAAAAUUGCUAAGUAAUAAUGGGGAUUUGGAAACACCUGGUGCUAGGUUAGCUUCAAAUCGACGUCCCUUUCAUUGCUCAUGGACCAUUGAGAUACCGUGUAAACGACAUGAAGACUGUGCGUUCUCGAUUUACUUCCAUAAACUGAAAAUGACAGAAAAUGAUGCAAUAACGAUACAAGCUGGUUCAAAGUUGAGAGCUAUCUCAGCGAAUAAUUUACCACCAACAAGACUUCGAGCGAUUUCUUCGAGAGUUAUCUUGGAUAUCCACAGCAAUUCAGCUGAUCUGGUUGUUGCAUUGAGCUAUUCGAAAGAUUGCCCGCCGUUGAAUCUUGACCCAAACGUACUUGUAAUGUAUUCGCAUUCAAAUGAAUAUAACUCUCUGGCACAACUGUCAUGUAAAUCUGGAUUUGUUCUAAUCGGUGAAGAGUCGCUUCAGUGUAAGAAAGGUGGUAAAUGGUCUGCAAAGACUCCUACCUGUCAAGCCACCUUUUGUCCAAUGCCAUUUAUUGAAAACGGUUAUCUACUAAACAUCACUGGAUUUCAAUUGAACAGUUCGUUAGAAUAUGGCUGUCAACUCGGUUAUAAUGCUUCAUCCGUUAAACAGUCGUUAUGCGAAGCGAAUGCAAUGUGGAAUCCUCAACCGUUGUGUCAACCAAUUGAUUGCGGUGAUCCUGAAUCCACUUACAACAAUGCCAUCGUCAAUCGAACUUCCCGAGGCACAGCAUUGUUCAGUCGAACUCAUUACUCAUGUCCUCAAGGAAUGCAUCUGAUUGGCACUAGUGCGCCAUAUCGAAUCUGCCAAGCAACUGGAAAGUGGAGUGUUCCAAACUUUGGUUGCCAAGAUGAAUCAUUUUGCAAAUCAAAUCCGUGUGGCCAUGGUUCAUGUGUUCAGUUAUUUGGCAACUAUACGUGUAAAUGUGAAAAUGGAUACCAAAUUGUUUCUCGUAAUGGCUAUAGCACUUGUGAAGAUAUUGAUGAAUGCAAUACUGCUGGGUACUCAUUAUGCGAUCAAACGUGCAUCAAUACACCUGGUUCAUACUAUUGUAAGUGUCGUGAAGGCUAUUGGCUAUAUGGUUCAUGUCGAAGCCGCGGUCGAGCCUCAGGUAAGAUUGUGGCUAACCAUGAAGAGGACUUCUUUAUCGUAAUAACUCUGCGACAAAUUGCCGAGAGUAAUUAUCCGGAGGCAGCUGUCCGAAAAUCAGCACAUUUUACAGCAAAAACAUGUCUGGUCAAUGAAUCCGAGCAGCUCGUUCCACUUAAAAAAGUACUGCUCAGUGGUGAAUCCACAUCCUUCAACUGUCAACAAAGCGAUUAUUAUUUAGCCGGUAACCGUACAUCGUCAACAACGUGCGCUGUGAAUAAUACAUCAUCUAGUUUGAGAAUGAUUGAAACCUAUGAUAAUUGCUUCAGUCACAUCAGCCCAGAAACAUACGCAUCAAUUGGUGAAUCUGCAGUGCUUUGGUGCGUUGUGAAUGAACGAUGUGCUAAUUAUACGGUUUCCUGGCGACGGUCUAAAUCAGUUCACGACGAACUGGUGACCGUCAAACGGGGAAUUUUCAAGUAUGCUGUAUUUUUUGAGAAAUCGGAGUGGGAACGAAGUUUCGAUGGAACGUGGACGUAUCGUUACCAAGCCGGACAAAACUAUCUGAUCGGAAAGUUAUUCGAAGAAGCUCCUCAAUGGUCGACGAUAGUGGUGAAAUACAAAAUUAAAAAAUGCGUCAGCUGCACGCUUCAUCUAAAACUUCUCCACGGCGACACCACCUCAGAGAACGAUAUAGCAAAAUUUGUGACGAUUGCCGAGUUGUUCGCAAACGACACUUCUUUUCGUAUGCGAUCAAAUUUCGGUUUCGUUGCAUUCGCUAUUGAAAGCAAUUCACCACUUGCUUACCUCUACUCGAUCAAGAUUGGGCUUGUCGAGUUUCCGGAAACGGUGGCGCAGCAGAAUUUGAUUGAGAUUGCAGGUAAGUGUGUUAGAGAUGCGUCUACUUAUGAAGGCUCGCAACCAACGCUCUCAUGCUCUUCCCGAGGAAAAUGGUUCUCUUCACAGCAACUUGUUUCGACAUGCGUCUGCAAAGACUUGCAUUCAACUUACCAUAACAAAUGUGUACCGCGAGGACCGAUCUGCUAUAAUUGCUCAGCUGAUUCAAUCUGUGAUGCAACAUCAGCAAUACAUUGUGAUGUUGGACAGAGUUGCUUCACUGAUGCGUCAUUACACUCUAAUGGCGUAUUGAAAGUAACAAAAGGUUGUUCGGAUGAUUGUCGAGGCUCAGUGAUCGAUUUGGAUCAAUGUAUUCAUGGAGAACAAUCAUGUCAUUUGUGCUGUACCACGGAUUAUUGUAAUCAAUUACCAUAUCCUCGUCAGUUUCUUCAACUGAAAGGUGACACACCUAUCUGUGUUGAUGCAAAACCGAUGAGUGUGCAGUGCAUUCGCCAGUUGAGCAUCCCAAAAUAUACCAAUACAUUUGUAUCUCCGGUGUUGAUCCCAUUUCCGAUUGUUUACGAUAACGAUCCCUAUUAUACGGUGACGAGUAACGUUCCUUUGCUCGGUUCAAAACCAUAUUCUGUUGAUAGUGAUAUGAAAGAAAUCGUUUGGAACAUAACUGAUCGUCAUCAGAAUUCACAAACUUGCACAACCCGUCUAAUAUACGAAGAUCGUUGGCCACCCAUGCUGAUAUGCCCAGAGUUAUAUGAGGACUACAUGUCGAACACAACAUCGUCCACUGUUCUAGCGCGAUUACCGAUGGUUGACUGGGUUGAUGCAUCAGAUGUGCAUUUGAUGUAUGAACCGUUCAAUGGAAGCUCAGUGCAAAUAAAUGAACCCAUUCGUGUGACGGUGACUGCGGUGGAUCAGCACGGUAAUAUUGCCAAAUGCAAAUUCUGGUAUGUUGCAAGAGUGAGCGAUUGUCCCUUAUGGCCAGUGAAUGAAACAGAAUACCAAUGCAGUGGUUCAUUGAAUGAACGUACCUGCAAACGAAUCAAUGACUGCGACAACGAAUACCCAUCAGGAAUUAAAGCACUGACCUGUGCAUUGGGUGCUGGAUGGUCUUAUGCCUUUUCUUAUUCCUCGUCACAAAUGAUCCGUUCACCAAUCUAUGCGAAGUUGAUGAAUAUAACAAAGCAAAUUUGUGCAAAUAAUACCUGGCAACGCAGUGAAUACCUUACCAAUCAUACCAUCCUUACGAUUGAUUUCAUCAGUCAUAAUAUCAAUGUUGGAAAUGGCGAGCGUUGUGCGCGGAAGUUUGUGCAAAGCAUCGAAGAAGAUUUAACGACAAUUACGGAUAUUUGUGAAGGAUUACAGAUACACUCGCGAUUCAUCAAUUAUUCGGUCUCCUAUGGUGAAGAACAUUGUCCAUCUGGCUUCUACUCAUCUGCGACUGGUUGCCUUCCAUGCCCAAUUGGUACAUAUUCAGAUAGAGAGGGCUUGAAACAAUGCCAGCAAUGUCCACCAGGAUCAAGUACAUCUAAUUUAGGCUCAUUUUCUAUUAAACUAUGUUAUGAGCGCUGCCCGUCUGGCUACUAUUCGGAAACCGGACUAACACCAUGUCGAGCUUGUCCAAAAGGUUUCUUUCAGUCGAAUAAUGCCUCGAAAGAGUGUCUCCAUUGUAGACCGGGUUCUACAACAGCUUUGCCUGGCGCAUCUUCUGAAACCGAUUGUGCAGAGGAAUGCAUGCCUGGAUGGUUCAGUCAGAAUGGAUUACAACCAUGUAUAGCAUGUCCAUUUGGAUUUUAUCAAUCAAAGACCGCUCAAUGGACGUGUGAUCGCUGUCCUGAAGGCACUACGACGUUUCAUCAAAACGCGACUUCCAUUCAUCAAUGCCGAAUAGCUGUAUGUGAUGAUAUAUGUCAUCCGAAGUCGGUUUGUGUAGAUGGCAAGUGCAAAUGUGACUAUGGAUACGCAGGUUACGAUUGUGGUGUUGCUUUGAAUCUUUGCCAUGCAGAAUAUUGUCUCAACGAAGGACGAUGUUCUUUUGAUGGAAACUCCACUACUUGUCAUUGUGAAGAUGGUAAUACCACAAGUUUCACAGGUAAAAGAUGUGAAAAGCAUAUCACAUCGCCGGAACUUCCUCAUCGAAUGACUUCACCAUGUUUCAAUAUCAGCUUGUGCUCUAAUGGUGCUUGUAUCAGCACGGGUCAUUCUUAUAUCUGUGAAUGUAAUGAUGGUUUCAAGAAUGCACCACAUUCAAAACAAAUCUGCAUUCCAAUGGAUAGUUGCGAUUUUUUAUCUUGCGCGAAUGCAGCAUGUCCUCACAUCACUCAAACCACUAUCAGCUGUCCACAUUUUCAAGCGAAGGCAAGCAAAGAAAGUAACUGCACAAAUGAUGGCAUAAAAACUCUGACCGGUUCCUGUUUAUGCCCACCAGAGUACACGGGAAGGACAUUUGGCGAAUAUUGUCAAACGUCAGCGCCGUGUAAUUAUGAUUUAUCAACUACCCCGAAAUGUAAUUAUGGUUCAUGCAAAAUUACAAAUAAGAAAGCUUCAUGUGUGUGCAGCGAAGGCUUCGAUGGCAUGGACUGUUCGACUCCAGUUGAACAUUGUAGAUCAAAUCCUUGUCAGCACGGAGGAACUUGUUAUGACACUUUCAACGGGCCUUUCUGUUCAUGUCCCAGUGACUAUGAAGGCGAUUUUUGUGAGCAAGCUAUCAGUCCUUGCAUGAAUGACACAUGUGUUGAAGAGGGUCAUUGUACUGCUAUUUCAAUGGGUCAUGAUGGAAAAUACAACUGCAGCUGUAAACAUGGUUGGAAAGGGCCACGUUGUGCAGAGGAUGUAGAUGCUUGUGUAAAUAACAACUGCUCUUUGCAGUCGGAAUGCGUCGACGUUCUGGGUGAUACUUACAAAUGUCUGUGUCCAUUCAAUAGAAGAGGAAGUUUCUGUGAAUUACCAGUCGAGUUCUGCUCAUUGAGAAAUCCAUGUUUCAAUUAUGGCACUUGCACUGAUAUCCAAUGGGGUUAUGAUUGCUCGUGUCCUCCAGGUUAUGGUGGAAAAAAUUGUGAGAGCAUUUUGGACCACUGUGAUCCAAAUCCAUGUCAAAAUAAUGGUAUAUGCAGAAACAACAUUCUUGGUUAUUAUUGUGAGUGUCUGGCGGAAUAUGAAGGACUGAACUGUUCUGUUCGCGUUAAUCCAUGUAAAAUAAACGCAACGAUGAAUUAUUGUAUGAAUGGAGCGACAUGCUACGUUGAGGGCAUAGUUGCACGUUGUCGCUGUACUUAUGAGUUCGUUGGCGAUAGAUGCGAAAUAAGUACAGGAGGAGUGGAGAAAUUCGUUGGACAGCGUGUUCCAGGGUGGACAGGAGGAAAAUAUGUCUGUGUCCCUCGUAUGAAAUUGUAUGAGUGCCAGGUGAAUAAUACCGUCCUGAUCAAAUUCACAAUGAAGACUGGCGUAUGGCAUCAAUUUUGUGUCCGUCGAAAUCGUGGCAGUAUAAUGAACGUUUUCUUAAAUGGGCAACUGGUUGCGACGUCCAAUGAGAGCAUUGGAGAAAUGCACCCUCAACUACGCAUCUUGCUGGGUCAAUCAAUCAGUGGUCGACGGCGAUUUACUGGUGAACUUAGCCUUAUCCAGCUUUAUAAGAAAGCGAUGAGUGAUGCUGAAAUACGAAAUAUGGCAUAUAAUUGCCAGCACUGGCUGCAUUCGCAGAGUGAAAAUGAUAAAAAAAGUUUGAUUAUAAACUGGAAAGAAUUCACAACGAUCGGCUAUCAAGAUUCCUCCGUACACGGACUCUAUCCGGGUGUUUGCGUCUCAUCGACAUGUCUACCAGGCCAGUCCGAGUCAUGCUCAAGUGUUUAUGAUAAAAUACCUCCGACAGUUGUAAAUUGUCCAUCAAACCAGUAUAUUGUGUCUGAAAAGCGUCUCACAAGUGUAACAUGGCAGCCCUCUACAGCAGAGGAUAUAUUUACGGACAAUGAUCUCAUCGUUGAAGUAAUAUGCAAUUUUAGAAGCGGUGAUGUUUUUACAUGGGGUCAAUACCGUGUGAUUUACAUAGCCAGUGAUAAAGCAGGUAAUAUUGCAACAUGUGAAUUUGAUAUUGUUGUGUCACCACAAAAUUGCACUGAACCAUCCGAUCCAUACAAUGGCAAUAAGAGCACACUAGAGUUGAAUAGCAGCGAUGUGGCACGUCGAGCAGCGUUUCUGAAUUGUAGAGAUGGUUAUUUGUUUGCAACCAAAAUGCCGGCUUUCUUUGUCUGCGAUAUCAUGAUUGCAAACAAGCGAUACGGUGGUGCAGGUUUCUGUCGAACAGUAAACUGUAGUGGUGAAGUGAACAUCUCUUCGAACUGUGCGAAAAGAGUCAAGAAAAGUACCAUUCUACAGCGCAUUGAACUCUCAUAUGUUCUCACAAUAAACACUACACGAUCGUCGAUCUUCCAUUACGUUGAUACGAGUAUGUAUGAAGAAUACGGAAAUAAUUCGAAAUCGCCAACAACAGAAUGGAGUUGCAAAGAUCCUGAUUAUCAGAUGUUAUUGAAUGGCGAGCUCAAAGCAUGCGUGAAAUGUACGAUUGGUUAUUACCUCAGCAACUCAACUUGUAUACCUUGUCCAGAAAAUACAUAUAAGGAUGUGGAAGGAAAUGGUCCAUGCAAAAAAUGUGCUAAUGGAACGGUUACAGGCACAACAGGCGCUACGAUGGAAGUCGAUUGCUAUUCCAACUGUACACCUGGCAACUACUAUAAUCCUACUACAUCCAGUUGCAAGCAAUGUGAGCGUGGAACAUUCCAACCAGAAGAUGGAGCGAUUCAGUGCUUCCCUUGCAAGUUGGGAUAUUCGACAGCUGGGACCGGUUCAAGAAGUGAAAAGGACUGCAAUGUAACUUGUGAAGGUGGAUUUUAUAUGGGUGUUGAAGAGCUGUGUGUGGCUUGUCCAAAAGGUUCAUUUCGACCAAACAGUAACGAAACUGUAAAGUGCAUAUCAUGCAAUCUUGGCUUUACUACUCCAACCACAAACUGUUCAUCAACAAAAGACUGUUCUGUUAUGAACUGUCCACCGGGCACAUAUAUCAAUCAAAGUGUAGUUGCACCCUUGAAUCAGGACAGUGAUCGUCUUACAGAUAUUUGUUUACAAUGUCCUAUUGGAUAUUAUCAGGGAUCUUCCAGCGUGCGUUACUGUAUAUUAUCAAUGGUAACAGCGCCGCCAAAAACUGCAAUCGCAUCGCAAGAAAAACACGAGUCAGCGCCCUGGAUAUCUUGGUUGAUUGUAUCAGUUGCGGGAGCAAUUGCAGCAAUUAUUGUUAGUUCAGUUGUGAUCGUUUAUAGAAAAAGAAUACGGAAUUUAUUAUAUUGUUGCAAGAAUGCAAACCUGAAAACGAUGACAACAACCGAUUAUUAUCGUGAUACAUCUUAUACUUAUCCGAUAGUCACAGCCACUAGCACUGUUCCACAGAUGAUCGAAAUCUACAACGAUAUAUUCACGGGUCUACAAAAAAUGGCUGAUGGAUCGGAAGACAGUCGAGCUCAAGAUUUCGAAGAUGUUGAUCAUUUGCCACCAGCAAGUUUAACAGUUGAUACAACACUGCGUGCUGUUGAAAAAUAUGGACCGAAAGCGAUCGGAAUGGAUUCAUCGGGAUUUCCGAUCGAUUCAGCUGAUUACGAACGUUUCGGUUAUGGAAGGGAGGAAAAUGAAAAUAGCAAUUCAUAUAUUGAAGCAUUGAUGCGUGUCAAAGAAUCAGCAUGGAAUAAUGAUCAUAGGGGUGCAUUAAGAAGUCGGUUUGAAGCAAUUUCACAAAAGUUGCAUAAUGAUACUUCAUCUGCAAAUGAAUGGCAUGAAAAUUGUUCGUAUAAUGACGGAUUUGAACAUGACAGUAAUUUUAUUCCAAUGCGUGAUUAUGCAGAAGCCAUCAACAAUACAACAUUUGAACAUGGGAAUAUCGAUGGGAUUGAGGAAGACGAUGAUGAAGUAAGAUAUUUCAUAACAGUCCAUUCGAACUAG